GUCGGUCCUUGGGUGUAUCCGUUGAUACCUCAGCAAACGCCAGUUCUAAAGAAUGAUAUCGGUGCUUAUGUGGUGUCAAAUCCAACUCCAGAACAUCCGAAAGAUUUCUUCAAAUCACUGAAACAAUUCACCGAAGUUCGAACCGAAGAUAUCGCAAGACGAUCGUUGAGUCAAGAUGAACAAAAGCGCCUCAGUCAUAAAAUUGCUACACUUCUAAUAAAAGGUUCAUCGGAUCAUCGGUUCCACUCAUCACCAUAUCCUUUCUUUUGA